AUGGUGCUGGGCUGCCAGGAAGCUCUCCACAGGGCAGGCCGUGUCCUGAGGUACUUAGGCCGCACCCCCUUGGUUGCAGAGCCUUGUUGCGGAAUUGGUGGAUUGAGGAGUUGGGCUGCAGCUUCUGGCGUCCCAUACCAUGCCUGCUUCGCCCAUGAUUUCGACUCUGAGAUCGAAGAGUUCUACGUUUCCCUCCAGAAGAGUGGCGUUGAAGGGUUGGGUGGUGUGGCGUGUGGACCCGUCUUGGGAGACAUUUCUUUGGUGUCCAGUGAAGACCUUCCUCAGUGUGAAGCGCUUGUGUCUGGGCCGCCGUGCCAACCUUACGCGCCCAAUGGGCGUGGUGAGGGGUUCAAAGACCCCCGCAGUGAAAUCUUUGAGAUCGUUGUCAAGUGGGUGAUCCACAUGGCUUGGGCAGGUUCGCUGGUUUGCUUCUUGCUUGAGAACAGCGUGGCUAUUGCUUCUCAUGAUUUUUUUUGGAAGUUGGUUGACCAAAUUUGCUUGAGCUGUCCCUUUUUUUUGGUCGAGGUUGUGGAGCAAGACUUGAAAUGUGUCCUCCCCCACAGCAGGCCCAGGCUGUGGUUGAGGGGCCUCAGGCGUGAUUGUUUGGUUGGAAGCUGUUUGCCGCCGCCGAAGAGCGUGUCAGAAGUGAGCCGCUUGCAGCUCAAACUCUCAGAUUUCCUACAGCCAGGUCUGCCAAAUGUAAGCCCUCAAAGCCUGACUCAAACAAUGCAGGCUAAUUUGGCCCUGUACAAGGCCUUGGCCUUGGAUGCUAUGGCGAAAGGAGAAGCGACUGCAGAAGUCAUGGCCGUUGAACUUGACCGCAAUCCUCUUCGACAGUAUGGUGGUGCAGUUUGCUGGGAUUCAAUCCCAAGCCUACGCUGUGGAGGGCCCAAGAUUUUCCUCGUCAGCUUGCCUGAUUUGUCUGCAAAUCCCUCGUGCUGGGAAAAGCAGAAGUACCACCGAUUCCUGUCCAUCGACGAGCGCUUCUUGUUGCAAGGGCAUGGUGCCGAGUUGAGCGAGCAUUUUCGUACUCAAAGUGCAGCGAUGGCAGCUUCAGGGAAUGCUUUCAAUGUGCUCCAGGUUGCCUUGAUGUUGUCUCCACUCUUGGAAGCUGCAACUACCGCAGGGGUGUUGACAAAGGAAGGUGUGGAGAAAUUGUCUACCACCCAACUUGCACAGUUGAUUCCUAGUGGUGGUCCGCAAGAACGCCCAAAGUUGCAGCGCUUGUCGCCUCAGGAGACAGCAACACAAGGGCAGAAGCGGAAGAGAGUGCGGUGCUAG